AUGGCUACAUUCCCUUCAAUCCCAUUUCUUAUUUUUAUAAUUUCUCUUCAAAUCCCAUCCCUCAUUGCCUCAUCUCCAACAGUACAAAACCCAGAAUUCGUAGUCGAAGAAGUACACAGGAAGCUUAAUGCAUCCAGGAGGAAACUAGGAUUCCUUUCUUGUAACACAGGUAAUCCCAUUGACGAUUGCUGGCGGUGCGACUCCAACUGGGAGACGAACCGCCAGAAGCUAGCGGAUUGCGCUAUAGGGUUCGGGAAAAACGCAGUUGGUGGAAGAGAUGGUAAAAUUUACGUUGUCACGGAUUCCGGUGAUGAUAAUCCAGUGACGCCGAAACCGGGGACUCUCCGGUAUGCCGUCAUCCAAGACGAACCUUUAUGGAUCAUAUUUGCUAGAGAUAUGGUGAUCCAAUUGAAGGAGGAGUUGAUUAUGAACUCAUUCAAGACCCUUGAUGGAAGGGGUGCUAGUGUGCACAUUGCUGGUGGUCCAUGCAUUACUAUACAAUAUGUUACUAACAUUAUUAUUCAUGGAAUUAACAUACAUGAUUGUAAGCAAGGAGGGAAUGCUAUGGUGAGGUCCUCCCCAGGGCACUACGGGUGGAGGACCUUAUCCGACGGUGAUGGUGUGUCGAUAUUUGGCGGGAGCCACGUGUGGGUAGAUCAUUGCUCGUUGUCUAAUUGUCGCGACGGUUUGAUUGAUGCCAUUCAUGGGUCCACUGCUAUUACCAUUUCAAACAAUUAUAUGACUCACCACGAUAAAGUCAUGCUUUUAGGACACAGUGAUACCUAUGUCCAAGACAAGAACAUGCAAGUUACAAUUGCCUUUAAUCACUUUGGUGAAGGGCUUGUUCAAAGAAUGCCAAGGUGUAGACAUGGUUACUUCCACGUGGUAAACAAUGACUACACCCAUUGGGAAAUGUAUGCAAUUGGAGGGAGUGCGGACCCGACCAUCAAUAGCCAAGGCAAUAGAUUUCUUGCUCCAAAUGACCGGUUCAACAAAGAGGUGACAAAACACGAGGAUGCACCAGAAAGUGAAUGGAAAAAUUGGAAUUGGAGAUCGGAAGGGGACUUAAUGUUGAAUGGUGCAUUUUUCACACUUUCGGGUGCCGGAGCUUCGUCGAGUUAUGCUAAGGCUUCAAGUUUAGGUGCAAGGCCGUCUUCACUAAUCGGUUCAAUCACCUCCGGUGCCGGCGCCCUCCCCUGCAAGAAGGGCUCUCGUUGCUAG